UGUGUAAACCUUUUUUAAUGGGAUAUUACAUUAUCAAACCCAAUAACUGCAUUGCUGUUGGUAUCUUUUAAUAGUCUCUUUUUCUGCAUAGUCCUCUGUUCAACGGAGUUGAAAAUGAGAGUUGAACUUAACGUCAUCUUCACAGGCACUACAGGACCAAUGGCCUGCCCUCAAGGAAGCUGGUCCAACGCCUCAGGUCUGCGUAAGCAGGAGGACUGCGCACCCUGUUUAGGGGGAUUUUACUGCAACUCUGUCGGCCUCACCAAACCUAGUGGACCCUGCGUCGGGGGGUAUUACUGCGUAGAGGGAGCCGUUACAUUCGCCCCUACUGAUGGAGUUACGGGCGGACCGUGUCCUGAGGGAUACUACUGCCCAGAGGGAACUGUUCUACCUGUGCCCUGUGAUCCAGGGACAUAUGCUGCUGUCACACAUGCUACGCAGUGUGAUCCCUGUGUGCCAGGCUGGUACUGUGUGUCCGGCUCGCUUUCUUUGUGUCCUACAGGCUUUUAUUGUCCCGAAAGGACUGGAUUUGACUUGAGAGGCUGUCCAGAGGGAACUUACGGCCCUGAUCCUGGCUACUGGUCUGUUUCUCAGUGCAGGCAGUGUGACGGCGGCCAUUACUGCUCUUCCAGAAAUGGCACCGCUGUCACUGGACCAUGUCAUGAAGGAUAUUACUGCUCACAUGGAAACACUUCUCCCCAACCUCAGUCCCAGGCUGCAGAAAAGGGAGGAACAUGUCCUGCCGGUCAUUACUGCCCCCAGGCCACCGUCCAUCCUCUGCCCUGUCCACGGGGAACUUUCUCUAACCUCACCAAGUUGGUCUUCCAGGAGGAUUGCCAGCCAUGUCUCCCCGGUUACUAUUGCGAUGCUGUGGGGCUCUCGGGGCUUACAGGAAAAUGCUGGGAAGGUUUCUACUGUGUGGGAGGUGCAGAUCGCCCUGACCCUCCUUUGGGUCAUAAGCACGGAGGGCCAUGCCCAAAAGGUUAUUUCUGUCCUGAGGGCUCUGCGGCUCCUCGCCACUGUCCCUUGGGAACCAUCGGUACGGAAGAUGGUGGAGCCAGCUGCAGUGCCUGUCCUCAGGGUUUUUAUUGUCCUGGCAGACUUAACGGCUCCCUGUCGAGGACUUAUGAGUGUCCAGUAGGUCAUUACUGCCCGUCCGGGACCUGGUCCAAACACCAGUACCCAUGUCCACCAGGAUCCAUCAACCCCCACGCUGGGAUGGCCGAGCCCCAGGACUGCCUGCCCUGCCCUGCAGGCUACUUCUGCUUUACCCCUGGGAUGAGUGUUGCAUCAGGCCAGUGUGACGCAGGGUACUACUGCUUCUCUGGGGCCCGGUCACCCACACCAGAUGACGGAGGGACGACAGGUGAUAGAUGUCCCGAAGGCCAUUACUGUCCCCGGGGUUCCUCAGCACCACUGCCCUGUCCCAUCGGGCAUUACAGCAACAGCACCAGAAACCGUUAUCCCUCCAACUGUCUGCCUUGCCCUCCAGGUUUCAUCUGUGACACUAGAGGGCUCUCUCUCCCUUCUAAUAUCUGCCCAGCUGGCUCCUACUGUCCAGGCAGAGAAAACAGCGGGCAGCAGGCCUCUUCACCUUGCCCACCUGGAAACAUGUGUCCACCUGGAUCCGAUAGACCUGUACCCUGCUUGCCAGGGACCUUCCAGGAUUUACACGGACAGGCAGAAUGUGUCAAAUGUCCAGCCGGAUUUUACUGUGCUGGUUUGGUGGAUGCGGACACUGGCCAUGUGUCUGGUCCUGCCACUUCGACUCUGUGUCCUAUCGGACACUAUUGCCCACAAGGAACGCAGUCUGGUGUAGCAUUCCCAUGCCCAGCUGGCACUUUCAGCGGGCAGAUGGGGUUGUCCAAUCAGUCGGGCUGUGAGCUCUGCCCUCCAGGGAGAUAUUGCGGUUCCUCUGGACUUGCUGCACCCACUGGGGUCUGCUCUCCAGGUUACCUCUGUAGCCAUGGUUCGGUUUCUUUCAAGCCGGAGGAGGGCCCAACAGGAGGCCGUUGCUCUGCAGGGUCCUAUUGCCCCCAGGGUACCCACUACAUGGUUCCUUGCCCUACAGGCACCUUCAGUUCCAAAGACGGGGCCGUUUCUGUAGAGGUUUGUCGGUCCUGUUUGCCUGGCCAUUAUUGCUCUGCGCCUGGCCUGUCCUCCCCAUCUGGGCCCUGCAACCCAGGUUUCUACUGCAUCCAGGGAUCCAGAACGGCCACACCUAUGGGUGACACCUCAGGAGAUUCCACGUCGCCAUCUCCACUACCUGGUGAUUCAACCCUGGAACAGUUCACUGGCAGUGUGUGUCCUGCAGGCCAUUACUGUCCUAAAGGGAGUGCAAAGCCAAGCCCUUGUCCUCCAGGAACCUUCUUGGGAAGGUCUGCGGCUGAGUCUCAGACUGAUUGUGAGGCUUGUUACUCGGGCUCUUACUGCCCCUCCUGGGCUCAGAGCUUUGUCGACCUCCUCUGUCCCCCGGGGUGGUUCUGUCCACCCGGAUCAGUGUCCGGACAUCAGCCAGGAUGUCAGUGCCCGCCCGGCCAUGCGUGCCCACCUGGCAGUGCCGAGCCGGCCCUCUGUAGCCAUGGCAGUUUUCAAUCUUCCUCUGGACAGUCCACUUGCAACACCUGCCCACCAGGUUUCUUCUGUACUCGGGGUUCAUCCGUGCCAUCGGCGUGUCCGAUGGGCAGCGUCAGUCCCUCGGCUGGCAUUACGUCCCCGACGGACUGCCCCGCCUGCCCCGCUGGCUACUUCUGUAACAGCAGUGCUCUGACAGAGCCGUCCGGAGCCUGCAGCCCAGGACAUUUUUGUUCCCUGGGAUCCACGGAGCCUUCCCCUGUCUCGCAGCCUUAUGGAGAUGUCUGCCCCGUAGGACACUUUUGUCCUGGGAGUAGCGGGUCACCCAAACCAUGUCCUGUCGGCAGCUUCCUCCCAGAGCGUGGAGCUUCUGCCCGCUCUCACUGUCACCGUUGCCCCCCAGGGAAAUACUGCCCGACUCCUGGAAGCUCACAGCCCACAGGUCUGUGCUCUGCAGGUUUCUUUUGUUCUGGAGGGGCAGAUAGCCCCACGCCUCGAGCCUCUGUGUUCAGCUGUCUUUGUGAGAUACUGGAGGUUUACACCACAAAGAAAGACGCCGCACUCUGGAUUCACAAUCUGCCCUGCUUCAAUAAUUCCAGUAGUUCUGGAAGCGACGCUAACUGGAUCGAAGUGGUGACGGCGACGGAGGCGGACUCGGUGACUCACUCACCGCUGUGCCUCAAGAGUCCACAUCGGAGCUGCUCCUCGUACAGAGGAGACAUCUGCCCUAAGGGUUUCUAUUGUCCCGUGGGCUCUUCCUACCCCCAGCCCUGUGAAGCUGGAUCUUACUGUGACCAGAUUGGGCGAGAGGCCCCUGCAGGGCCUUGUGCUGCAGGAUAUCACUGUCCCAAAGGCUCUUUGAACCCCCAUGCCACCCCUUGCCCCACAGGACACUACUGCCCCGCCGGAACUCCUCUUCCUCGGUCGUGUCCCAUUGGGACCAUAAAAAGUUCCCUGGGUGGGUCUACGGUGGGGGAUUGCCAGAUGUGUCCCCCAGGUCACUUCUGCCACCAGAGAGGAAUAGCUGAGCCAAGUGGGCAGUGUGCAGAAGGCUACUAUUGUCCUGAGGGACAGAGCUCCGAGAGACCACAACAACAUGUCUGCUCACUGGGACAUUAUUGUGAAAAGGGAAGUAUCAGACAGAAGGCCUGCCUCCCCGGCAGCUACCAGCUAAGACAAGGCCGCGGCAGCUGUGAGACAUGCCCUUCCGGUUUCUACUGUCGAGAUCAAGGAGUGACCCAUCCACUCCCUUGUGAGAGAGGAUUUUAUUGUCCCGGCGGAUCAGCAAAUCAACAUCCCUGUCCGGCUGGAACUUACGGAAACAUGUCAGGACUGGUUGAAGAGUGGCAGUGCUCAAUGUGUGACCCUGGGAUGUACUGCAAAGGAACAGGGAGGACUUUUGCCAGCGGGCCGUGUGCUGCAGGGUUUGUUUGUGUUGGCGGAGCCUCUGAAUCUUCACCACUCGAUAAUGUGACUGGCUUCCCAUGCCCUCCCGGCUUCUUCUGCUCCGUGGGGACUUCUUCUCCAAAAGCAUGCCCGAAAGGAACAUUCAGUGAGCAGAGCAGGCUGGUGGAGGAGUCCCAGUGUCGUAGCUGCAUUCCAGGCUUCUACUGUUCAGAGAUCGGCCUCUCGGUAGUCUCUGGGCCCUGCCUGCCAGGUUUUUACUGUCUAGAGGGAUCCCAGACUGCUGCCCCAAUGUCAAGUGAAUCUGGAAGUGUUUGUCCCGCGGGCCACUACUGCGCAGAGGGCAGCAGCGUUCCCACACCCUGUCCGGCUGGCUCUUACCGGAAUGAGACUGGAGGAAAAAGCAAAGAUUACUGCAAAACAUGUCCUCUUGGCUGGUUCCAGGAUUUAUCGGGCCAAACAGAGUGUGAUCCCUGCCCUGCUGGGUUCCACUGCCAGUACCCGAGUAGCAGCCCCACCAUGGGAGGCCCUACUGGAGUCUCCAGCCCUCUGCCCUGCCCGGCCGGCUACAUAUGUCCCAGGGAGAAUCCAGACAGUCACCCUUUUCCCUGCCCCAAAGGCACCUACAGCCCCCGCCACGGUCUCACCUCCACAGGUGAGUGCUUUGUGUGUCCAGCGGGUCAGUUUUGUGGGUCUGACGGGUUGGUUCAGCCUUCGGGGCCGUGUGCUGCUGGGUUUCUGUGUUUGAUGGGCGCCACAGUGCCCAACCCGACUGACAACAGAACUGGAUCUCUCUGUCCACCCGGGAAAUUCUGCCAACGGGGGCAAACAGCAGGGGAUUGCUGGGCAGGGUUUUAUUGCGACUGGGGCUCCAGCAGAGCAGAUACGGCUCUGUGCCCUGCUGGUUUCUUUUGCCCCAGAGGGACACUGGUCCCAAUCCCUUGUUCUGCAGGAACAUUUAGCUCUGAAACAGGAAACAUACAUCAAGACAAUUGCACUACAUGCACACCUGGGUACUACUGUCAAGUUAAAGGUACUAUACAGCCUUCCUUAUGUCCCGCUGGAUACUACUGUCCUCCGGGGAUGUCUCUAGGACGAGAGUUCCCCUGCCCUCCUGGCACUGUGCAGAACCGACUCGGAGCCUCCGAUCCCGACGCCUGCCUGCCCUGUCCUGCCGGAAAGUUCUGCUCUCAACCCGGUCUGUCGCAGCCAACAGGACCUUGCGAGGCCGGCUACUACUGUCCUGCUGGUUCAACCAGCCCUAACUCUACUGCUUAUCAGGGGAAUUCUACCAUAGGACACCUUUGUCGUCCAGGUCACUAUUGCCCCUCUGGCAGCGGCUAUCCCCUCCCCUGCCCGGCAGGCUCUUAUUCCAUCUCGCAUGGACUGAGGGGAGUUGAUGGAUGCCUGCCCUGCCCCCCUGGACGGUUUUGUGACAGGCCUGCAAUAGCAGAGCUCUCCGUUGCACCCCCAUGUCAUGCUGGGUAUGUGUGCCUGGGUGGCAGCUCCAGUGCCACCCCAUCCGACGGUUCCCAUGGCUACCUCUGCCCCUCGGGCCACAGCUGUCCCGUUGGCUCAGCAAGUGAGGUGCCCUGUGAGACCGGCACGUACAGUCCUGCCACUGGAGCAGCUCACUGCUUAAUAUGUCCCAAAGGGUUCAUGUGUUCCUACUUAGCAACUCAAGAGCCUUCUGUCUGUCCAGCUGGUCAUUUUUGUCCUGCUGGGACCGUGCUGCCUGAGCUCUGUCCGUUGGGGACUUUCAGCAACAAGACAGGAGCCUUUUCUCUCUCUGUGUGCACACCCUGUCCCUCUGGAGUGUACUGUAGCUCAUACGGAGCCUCAACACCAGACGGUUCUUGUUUGCAGGGUUAUUUCUGCACGGGGGGAGCCACACAGCCAACACCGCACAGCUCUGACAACUCCCCAGUGAAUGGCCCUUGCCCCGUGGGCCAUUACUGCCCAGCAGGGUGCCUCGCCCCAAUUCCCUGCCCUCUCGGCAGUAUUCGCAAAACCAUAGGAGGGGUGUCCAUGGAGAGCUGCUCCGCCUGUCCCGCUGGUCACUACUGCUCUGCGGAGGGUCUUGCUAGCCCCAGUGGCCCGUGUGCAGCUGGUUUCUACUGCCCUUUUGACUACUCCUCGACCACUCCAUAUGCCUUCUUGUGUCCCAAGGGCCAUUACUGUCCAGAAGGCUCCGUUCUGCCCCUGCCUUGUGCCACAGGAGAGUACCAGCCAAACCCGGGCUCAGACGGCUGCGUCCCAUGCCGAUCUGGGUUCUACUGUGAGGAGGCCAUAGUGGGAGAGCCAUGGCCCUGCCCACCACACUCAUUUUGCCCUGCAGGCACAAUGGUGCCUCUGCUCUGCCCCAAUGGGACAUACACUCCUUCAAACCAGGGAGGACUACAAGAAGAGCGAGAGUGUUUACCCUGCCCUCCAGGGAAAUUCUGCAGGGCUGGUAGGAUCCAGGGUUUGUGCGCGGCGGGCUAUCUUUGUGUUUCUGGCAGUGCAGAUGUCACCCCUGAGGCGCCACUGUCUAACAUGACACAGUGCCAGUGGGGCAUGCAGUGUGCUGGACCAUGUCCACCAGGUUUUUACUGUCCUGAGGGAACGGAGGAAGCUAAGUUCUGUGCUGCAAACACCUUCAGAAGCUCCCCGGGAGGUGCCAGCCUACCUGACUGUUUACCCUGCCCACCUCAGCAUUGGUGUAAACCGGGAGACCCAGUCCUUCAUCCGUGUCCGCCCGCUCAUUACUGUGACGGUCUGCCUGGAAGUGACUUUAAUGGAGGCACAGGACCCAGGCCAUGUCCGCUGUACACCUAUCGAGCUUUACCGGGAGCAGGCAGCAAGGGUGACUGCCUGCCCUGCCCUCCUGGUUCUCACUGUAACAGAACAGGGCUUACAGACUACUCCAACAGUCGGUGCCCGCCUGGUUUCUGGUGCAGCGGGUCUGGACCCCCCAUUCUCUGCCCUGCAGGCACCAAAAGGCCCCGUCCUGGAGCUGCUUCACCAAGCCAAUGUGAACCGUGUUCAGGGGGAACCUUCUGCCCAGAUCCGAGAGCAACAGGGAGGCCGAAUGUGGAGGGGAUCCCCUGCAGGGCCUCCUAUCAAUGCCCAACUGGUGCAGUCUCGGAGAGUCUGUGCAGAGCCGGCUCAUACUGUGGACCUCAUACUGAUGAGCCUGCAGUCUGUCCCAAAGGGUAUCUUUGUCCUGAGGGAUCUCAUACCUACAACACCCCCAAGCAACUAUGCCCUUUUCCUUACUACUGUCCAGCAAACAGCUCCUUCAUGAGGUCCUGCAAGGGAGGAUUUAUGCCCAUCAACACCAGCGACCUCAGAGGAUCCAAAAACAGCUGUUGUCGUGUGUGUGAGGGGGGCACCUAUCGCCCGUACCUCUCCCCCAUCCUGCAAUGUCUUCCAUGUCCACCGGGAUACUUUUGCUCUCCAGGUACAACCGACUACAAAAGUUCCCCCUGCCCUGUUGGGUAUCGCUGUCCAAAGGGAGCCGCCCAACCAAUAGCCUGCCCUCCUGGCUUCUUUGGUAACAUUACUCAUGCUGAGACAUUGAGUGACUGUCACCUGUGUCCAGCUGGCACCUUCAACCACCUGCUUGCUCAGAAGGCCUGCUUCCCCUGUGGCAGCUCCUCCACCUCAACAGCCGGUUCUUCUUCUUGCACCUGUAUCGGUAAGAAUCGGGCAUUUCAGCACUCGGAUGGUUCAUGUUUGUGCAGAACUGGUUUCAUCUUCUACAAUGAACUGGACUUCAAAAGUUCUACCUCUGACAGUGAAUUGGACUGCCAGCCUGAGGUGAACAGACGGUGUUCUGCUGGUCAGGUACGUCUGGCAGCAUCCAGGGAGUGUGUGACACCUUCCCUCCACUCCUGCAAUACAACCUGUGGACAACAUGGAGGAACUCUGGAUGUGGCGAUGGGCAUCUGCCGGUGUGAGCGAUAUGUGUCCGCUGAAGAGCUUUGCAACACGUCCUGCCUCUUCACACUACCUCAGCUCUCCGCCCAGAUCUCACCAGACGGGCACCUGCUGCUCAGCUUAAAAGAAAGAGACAAGAUGGUGUGGGCAAGGACUGUGAUGGAUGUUUUAGGACCAGAUAUCCACGCAAAGGGUAUUGGUAAAAUCCAUUUGAUCCAGUUUGAUCCUGAAGGCGUGUUUGGUUGGAUUCCAACACAGAAAGAGCUCAUCAAUAACUUUCUGUCAGAACCGAUUAAACUCCUGAAGACAAGACAAAGAAAGAGGAGAGACAUGGAAGAUGCCGAGGAUUAUGAUGCUUCUGACACAGCUGUCCUUCCUCGUAUCCCCAACCCCAUUGUCUGUCUGUCCUCGGGUGACAUGCUCAUUUUCCAUCUCACCAUCAACCACACUGACCGACAUCGGAGCCACUUUCCAGUGUAUCAGAAAGACCACCUGUUUAACAGUAAUCCCAGUUGGGACUUUGGUGCCUUCAGACGACUGCAGAUACUCAUGAAGCAGACCAACUUGAACUCUACAAGGUUCGCCCACGUGUUUUCAGCAGCUGGGAAGUACGCGUUUGUCGACAGCACCGUCCCAGAGCGGAGUAUGGUGGUGGUGGUCAGUGAUCAGGGGACAGUCUGUGACCCUCGGGCCUCCGUCUUCCAGCCCAUGACCCCGGCACAGCUGGUGAAGCACGGGAUUAUCAAGCAGCACAGACUCAACCUUCUUCCUGACUGGGGAGUGAUAGCAGGGGUCCUUGGUCUGCUGCUGGUUCUCGUUGUGGUUUUGACCACCACCGUGAUAGUUCUGCGACCCGGUAAAGCAAAACUCGUCUCCCAAUGGAGGAAUAAGCCCAAGUGGCGCAGCCUCGGGGAGCCCUUCUGUCCGGUGGAUUGUGUUUGCAGUGAAGACAACAAAGUUGUCCCAAGCGUAGGUGGCUUACUAGGUAGUAGAGGUGAAGGAGAGGGAGCAGAAGCCGAGGAGCCCGCUGUUUCAAAAGGAGGAAAUGUUCCAGGGCGCUGCGAUUUGGAGGAGUUGAAUGUCAAGACUCUGUUUGACAAACUGGAGGAUCAGAACUUACACUUCGCCUCACAACUGGCCCGACACCGCAAAGACACACAGGAGUUUUAUAGAAACAUCUGUCAACAGACUGAAACACUCAAGAAUGUCCUAGACAAUAUGGAUCAUAGAAAACUAAGCUUUCUAAAGGAACUGCUUGUCCAUAAUGCAAUGAAGAAUAAACCAUUCGACUGCAGUGCAAGAGGGAGAGAUUUACAAGUUGAGACCUCUACAGCAUUACUAGGAGAUGUACUCCAGUCAGUAGAAGCUCUUCUCUGCAAGCUGGCGGGAGAAGCUUGGCAGAACCAGGAUUUAGCCGCCCCUCCAUACUGUCACAUUGGUCCUCGUGAUGCCAGGGAAUGUGAACCACGAGCUGGAUACAGACAAUCUGGUGACAACAUGUGUUAUACACAGUUUUCGUCAGCGAAUGUGAUCAAAGCAGAGCCAGUACAUCUACCGAGCACAGAGUCCUGUUUCAGUGACCACGACUUGUCCAGACUGGUCAGUACAUCUCCUCUGUUCAAGACCCUGCACGAGAUCCAACAGUCUUUACAGAAACUCACCACAGAGGAGUCUAACCGUCAGCCUCACAUUGCAGCUACAGAACAGUCUGUCCAGGAAAACAAUGAAGGGCAACUUAUCCCGACUGCCCUCGACAACCUCUCCGUGCAACACUCAGCCGUCUUCCUGUUCGGUUGCCAGGUGAUGCAGUUGCUUGCGAACAGCCACCUGUUCCCCCCUGUGCUUCUCCUAAUGGCCAAGUCGAUACCUGUUCCUUUAUCUUCCCCAAAUGAGGGUCUGCUGACACAUUGUUCAAGGGACUUUUAUUUUGAUGCAUCCAAUCAAAUCCUUUAUCUGUCAGAGGAAAAGCUUCAUCACGUUGGACAUUUCAUCGCCCUCAUUCUGCAGUCCAUGGCCUACAUAGUGUCAGGAUCCAAACCUCUGAGUUUCAUGGAAGCCCUUCAUGAGGCAAUAUCAGCUUUAAGCCUUCAGCUGUUCAACGUUUCUUUCAAAUGGAACACACCAGGGUCAAAUUCCAACGCUUCAGAGGGGCAGCAUAGUGCAUUAGUGGAAGAGUUUCUCAACACUAGAAUUCCCACUGAACCACAGUUUACCGAACACCUUUUAGCUUGCAGGCUUCAGAAACAGCUUAUGACAAACCUCAAACAGAUUUCAACUGAGGACACAAACACAGCAGGUUUGCCACCAAAAGGGACACCAAUGCAGAUGUCCUGCAUAGAAGACGAAAUUGACCGAAUGAGUGAGUCUUUCUUGCAGCUGAGCGUGCAGCUACAGAAGAGAGCUCAAAUGAGCACAUGGCUAAAGGAGAGAGAAAAUGGAGCUGGCAACCAUUCUGUGCAGGCAAUACCAACGAGCAUACCAAGUCUCAGUCGUAAUGGAACGAUCCUGCUGGAGCUGAAGAGAUCCUAUGUAUCACAGCGCCUCAACGAGCUCCAAAUGACAUUAGGCCGCAUCAGACAGAGCCAGCAGCGUGACAGCGAGUCAAAAAAUGGAACAAGAGGCCGCAUGCAAACCGACAGCAGCGCCACUCAGCAGGAGCAGAGCGACCAUUAUCCUGGCGUAGCUGAUUGGGGUCCGCUUGGCGGCCAGCGGCCGGACAGUUUUCCAUCUGACACGAGUCACAGCCAGCAAAGAGCAGAGAGCAGAGGUCCCGGUAACUCUAAACCGGAGAGUCGUAUAUCCGACCAGCUGAUGAGUGACACUGUCCAGAGCAACAACCCAGACGCAUCACUAGACUGCUAGAAGUCGUGUCUCUGUAUCCCAAGGGUGCAGGAGGCUUUGGUACACGUUUGUUUUGAUGCACAGAAUAAUACAAUUUCUUGUAUGUUUAAUCAGAGCUAAGUGUGUUGUUUUUAAUAAUGUAUGAUCUUGAAUUCUCAGGCAGGACUUAUUGUGUUCUGUUUAUUACCAUAUUCUAAAGAAGACGAUAAUCUUCAACUCGGUAGAUUCAAAAUGUGCUUCUGUGUUGUUUCUUACUCACAAACACUUCUCCCUUUUGUAGCGGUGACAACCUCUGUCUUCAUAAGUAUUUCAUGUUUGUCCGUUUUCUUCAUCUCAAAGCUCCAUUCAAAAUCUUGCUGGAAAGGUCUAUGCUUCCUUCCUCACUCGGGUUCCUCGGUUUGUCUGACGCACAGGGUUCUGGUUCUUUUAAUAGAAAGUGAGUAUUCCUACAGGGGACUGCGGGCCAAAUCAGAAGGUCAGAUGGAACAAGUCUUCACUUACUAUCAGUGUUAGCUUAGAGCUCUGUGACAACUCCCCCGAGGUGCAAUUUGGCAUUGCCCUGUAGAUUUGUGUGUGUGUGUAUGUGUAUGUGUUUGUGUGCGUACGAGGGGUGUGGUUCAGUGACUCCUUGAGAUUAUACGCCUUAUCAAUUAGAUUAGCUGCUAUGUGUUAGUGAUUUGGCCUCACGGUGAGACAAGGCAUCAUAUAACACGGCUCCUGAGCCCUGUGUUUCUACAUUAGCGGUACAGCGUUAUGUUUGCUCUAGUUGUUGGGCUCAACACAAGUGUUAUUUUUAGACACCGUCUUUUGUGAUUUGUGUGUGACAGUAUGUGUAUAUAUGUUUGAAUACUAUAUGUAUACGAUUGCAAAAUAUCCAAAUUAAAUACAAAACAUAUUCCAUGAGGUCUGCCAUGUACUCUAAUACAAUGCUAAAUGCUAAAGUUCUAACAGUGGGUCAAGAAUCAGCUGUCUUUUGUUGUAUAAACACAGCAAAACCUUUUUUUU